AGAACUCAUUCGCGCUCGAUCCUACCGCGCACCCCGUUGAGGCCAAGAGACGGGAGAAACAUCUCCUAGGUUUAGCUCUGCAACAGGGGCCUUGAACCGCAGUGUGCCAUGGCCAGCAGGCAGUCGCGCAUAUCUGAUGCCGAGCCACUUCUCGGUGCCAUUCGGGGCGGAGAACCACUAACAGUGCCCAUUGGGAGCUUCAAAACCAUUAGAUCGGACGCGAGAGGGGAUGCAUCGACGAAGAGGGUGUGCAGCGUUGCAGCCAGGAGCGCGAGUAGCAUGAGGUCGACUCGGAUGUGGGUCUAGAUCGAGGGACAAGUCACGAGGGAAACACUACAUAUCGGUCUUGAAGAUCUGCUUGGAGUGCUCAAUGCGGCCAUACCAUUGCCUGAAGGAGGGUUUCAUUUCAUAGCUGCCCAUUGGGCUACCAGCCCGAGCCCUUGAUCGAAGAUAGUGCGAUUUGCGAAUGAGUCUCGACUCGCUCGAGGCAUCUUUAUCACCCCAAAGCACCGGCAAAUGGGGUCGUCUCUGCGUUUCACAAUCAGAAUCAAGCUCUGUCGCUGCGAAGUUGAAGUUGAGUUGUGAGUGAAGCCGGUCACAUGACUUUGAUGCGCGUGAUGCGCGCUUGGAAUUCUUGGUUCUGCUCACUCGGGGUUGUCGUCAAGUGCCGGGUCACAAACCGACUCCGGGCGUACCAAAUCAUGGUCGGGGCCAACUACAUGGGAGGCAAGAGAAACGCCGCCCGCGCGCGCACGAACGACACGACUGCACGAACUCAGAAGAAGCAUUUCAGCCGGCAGCGGUUCCUUGCCAAAGGGGUUGGAGGCGGAACCGGUGCGGUCAGUGCGCCUUCGUACGGCCCCCGCGCGACAAUCGAGGACAUCGCGCUCUCGCAUGCACGGAAAGCGCGUGGGGAUCGAGUAACAGGCGGUGAGCUGGAGCCUGCAGAGACGCCUAAGCCCCUCCCUGCUCGGGACACGCAUAUACGCACCGGAGGACGCGAACGGUCCCGCACAUCGAGCAGCACGCAUUCCGCGGCGUCGAGCUCCCGGCUGAUCACAGCGCUCGACACAUUCGAACCAACGGCCAUGCGGGCGGCCAUAACCCGGAUCCUGUCGAUCCCCGACCUCGCGGGUCUCGCGCAGCAGAAGCCGCACCGGCUGCUGGACUCACCAACUCGGAUACAGGGGCGCCGCCAGCCCGGGAAGCGCAUCCGCAAGGCCUCUCCGGCGCCUCCGACCCGUACACAGGAUGGUGGCACUGCGGCGAGAGGAGGGCAGGUGAAGCGCCGACGCUCUUCAGACGCAUCUGGACACUGGGGCGAUGGCGACCAGGAAGCGCCCGAGCCCUGUAUCGACAUGUUCUCAAGUGUGCCAGAUGGGCCGAGAGUGCCUCACACCUACGAAGUGAAUGUGUCACUUCCGGAGCAUGACGAUGAGCCACCCGAGGAGGACUUCAUCCCUGUCGAGUUUUCCGAUGACGACGCGGACGAAAAUGAAAUCCGUCUCUGCGGUUGGGAUGUGCGGUCCCAGCGGAGUGCUACCGAAUCGACACUCAAUCAGCGUGCUGGUCUCUCGGAAUCGAGUUCGAGCGAUCUAUCUCUCUCGACGCCCGGCGUUCCUCAGCCGCCAGCAAGUAGUCCACCUCUCGUCAAGAUGGCUUCGUCUCCUCUGGAAGCAACCCGAACGGAACCUGUCGCUCUUCUCAGACCCUGCGUCCUGCUAACUUCCUGCACCUAUGGCCUCAACGACCACGGGCCCGAAUCUGUUGAGCGACUGCAAGAUAAUCUGUACAGCUACAGAGAUCCAUGGAGAGCUGUUGGUGUGAUGCUCGGACUGGAAGAGGAGAACGGGACGAACAUGGCGCUCGAGCCGCUCAGCUUACGAGACGAUAUACUCGAGGCGCACGGCUACCGAAGUUCUUCCGAUGCUUUGCAAGAUCCUGGCGCUGCUCUUCUAUCAUCGACCCCUGUCUCGCCGAAGCCAUCUUCCGCCCUUCAGGGUGAAGAUGAACCUGCUGCUAGUCUUGUGCAUCAAGCAGACCCCUGGAACUUCUCCUCGCCUUCUGCAACUACAAGAAUCUGCAAGAGCUCGCCACCUCGCGCAAAACCCGAGUAUCAAGUCCACGAACGACUCAAGUUCACCAAGUUUCCUGUGCAAGACGCGCUGAAAGCCAACCGUGAUGCAGUCUGCGCUCUACUGUACAAAACGACGCCUACCAGCCCGAAUCAUCAAGUCUUGUCCCUCAUUGAUGUCCGCAGCACUCGGGUACCACUAUCCAGAGUGGAUCUGCUUGAAAGUCGGUCUCCGCUUACGUUUGCCCUCGACGAACGACCGAAUAUUGUGCCCAACAUGUCCGAGGUGGUCAGUACGCUAUCGUUCGACCCACCGGGAGAGUCCAUAGCGGCAAUGAGCCGGAUGGACGCGGUCGAGACUUAUCCUGUGGAAGAGAGCAAGUGGGCUUUGGACUUCGUCCCGGUCCCUCUGAUGCCCGAGCGCUUCUUUGGUGAACUCAACUUGCUAGAGGACGGACAGGAGGCCGACACAGCCGAGUGGUGGCGGUCUAGUGAUCAGGGAGCAGUGAUCCAAUGUCAUUUGUAAUGAAGAAGCUAUUGAUAUUUCUGAGACCCUCCUCCCUCGACCGUGGAUCGAUCAGAUGAACUGUAUCCUUUGACACGAAUGUCGUACGCAUAACCUUUUCUACCAGGCUGGUCGUGUGGUCCCUCGAAGUGGAGCUCCGAC